GCAGCCUUGGUUAUCGUGGUCACGUGGCAGGAACAUGAUGAAGGGAAAAGGAGGAUAAAUCCUGAUGAAAAUAUCUGACAGAGAGAGGGAAGACGGCCGCUGCUUUAGAGAUUCUGAUGCAUCGGAGUUCUAUACAAAAUACUGUUGAGAAGAAACAGACCAGAAAGGAUGCGAGAUGUUGACUUGUAACGUUACGCCGAUAGAAUGCCAAAUAGCCCCUCGAGAGAGGUGCAGGCGUCAAUGAAAUAACGACAUUGAAAAAUCCUCGGAGGCAGAAUGAAGUUGAACGAACGCAGCGUAGCGCACUAUGCUACUUGUGAGUCCCCGCCUGACAAGACGGGUUUCCUGGUCAAGAAGGGAGAGAGGAACACGGCCUACCACCGCCGCUGGUUCAUCCUGAAGGGCAACAUGCUCUUCUACUUUGAGGAGCGCGAGAGCCGGGAGCCCAUCGGCGUCAUCGUUCUGGAAGGAUGCACCGUGGAGCUGUGUGAGUCGGCCGAGGAGUUCGCCUUCGCCAUCAAGUUCGACUGCGCCAAAGCCCGUAUCUACAAAAUGGCCGCCGAAAACCAAGCGGCCAUGGAGUCGUGGGUGAAGGCGCUGUCCCGGGCCAGCUUUGACUACAUGAGACUGGUGGUGAAGGAGCUGGAGAGGCAGCUGGAGGAGAUCCAGGAGGCCAGCAGAGGCGAUUUGGUUGCGGCCGCUCCCGGGGGUCCGCUGGUGAAGUCCAAAUCUGCCAGGCGAAAUCCAUUGGCCCGCACCCGAUCCGGAGCAUCCUCUGCCUCCUCCACGUCUUCAUCCUCCUCGUCCGGUGGAGCUCUCUCGGCGGCGGUGUUCUCCAGCCAGAGGAGUGUCCAGGAAGAAACCCAUCUCCCCUUAGGGCCCUCUAGAGAGAAUGGAGUAGCGUGGAGCAAGCCGCCUGCUGCGCUGACUAACGGCUUCGGGGACGGGGCCCUUCCCUGUGUGCCCUGGGACGGUUAUCCGGGCUCUGGGAGCGGGGCUGAUGGGAGCCGGCCUCCCCCGGUGCCACCCAGGAGGAGAGGAGCAUCCCUGGAGAGCCCGGUCUCGCCUGGGACCGUUUGCUUCUCAAAGCUCCAUGAGUGGUACGGCCAGGAGGUGGAGCUGCUCAGAGGGGAGUGGCUACAGAGCCAAUGAUUGAAAAACAAACCAACAAAAAAAAAAACACUUCUUUACAUGCUUUUGAUUUCACGUCAUUCCUUCCAACACAUUCUACUCCGAUGUUCCUCGCAUUACAGACAUAUUGAAAUCAAACUCAACCAGAGUGAUAAGGGACCAUGCCUGAAUGAAGUUGGUUUUUAAAAUGAUAGGAAGGGGUUUCCUUUGUCUGUCACAGAGGAAUAAAUUUACUUGUGUAAACCCGACCAAAUAAGGAGAACAGAAACUUUUCACUUUAACAGCGAUGCCAAGUAAACAGGUUGAUACGCGAUGCUACAAUGUUAGGCACCUUAACUAAAAUAUCAAUGAUCUUUUGGGACUGAUGAGGACUUUUUAUAUUUGUGACAUCUUUGACCUCUAGAAACAAAUUUCCACCAUCAUAUGGUCUUAUUCUUACCCAAUCAAAGGGCCAAAGAAGAUAACAUUUUGUAUUUUUCCACGCUUUUUUAUAUUAUUGAUAGACAGAGUUCUACUACAACAGCCAUCGUUUUGUUUGGUCUUUUGUGUGAGAUGGGAAUGAUGAUGCUCUUGGGCUUCCCCCCCUCCCAAUCCUCUCCCGACACCGGGGGUGAAAUGGCCCUUGGCUAACCUCCCUAUCAGGGUGAGCUUCAGCCUGCAGGCUAUUGGUGCUUACAGUCAGGGAGCGUAACAACUCUGCCGACGCUAGGGACCCCAGUGCCAGCUACACGCCUUGCUAAGAGCCCCGCUUCCCUGGUAUUUUUAGCUCUUUUUUGCCAGCAGCUACAUGAUGCUGUGUCCUCAACAUUUGUCACUUAACUGCUGUUUGUUUUCCAGUCAUCCAAGGCGGUGAUGGUUUAUGGUGAUAUUUCUUAACUUGUUUGCUCAUUUUAGUGUAUGUUUGUAUCUUUGUUUUGUAGAAACACUACUGCAUUUGUUCUGGUAAAUGGCCUGUGGGCGUUAAGAGAAUGUGGUUCCUUAGACACACAUUGUGUUGUUUGCUUUCAUUGUAUUCAAUGCCUACUAACAUAUAGCAUUCACCUGAAAACUGAAAAUCAUGUUAAACGACCAUUGUUUCAAUAUAUCAAUCGCAUAAGAGUUUAAUAAAAAUUAAUUAACAUAUGCCUUGAACAUCCCCUCUUGUUAUUAUCACGGCCUGUGUGUGUGUGGGGGGGGGGGUGUUCAUUAUUUUUCUACUGAUUAAUAUAUAUUAUGUUGAUUAUCCAAGCCUCCCAAUCCGCAAUUGGUUUGUGACAAUAGCUGAGUAUUUUCAACCUGCUUAAGUGAACAAAGCUAUCAGUGUUUAUUAUUGGAAAGAGUAGUUAGAUGAGAAAUAAAAUGUGUUUUUGCUUUAGCCCAAUUAAUCCAAUCCAACACAAGGUUUCUUGACAUAAUGUUGGAUUUCAGUUUGAAUGUAAAUGUUGGUGGGUUGGUGAGUGUCUCAAAAGUAACAUUUUUUAAAUGUAAUUUACAGAUUUGAAGGUUAUCUGGAGUGGAUGUGAAUUAAUAAAUAGUAGAAUUUAA